UUAAUUUAACAAUGGUUGGGAGAAUGUUUUUUUCAAAGUUUAUUGGUGGAAAAGUUAUUAUGAAAAACUUUUGGUGGGAACAGAUUCAUUCACUUCUAUAAUGAAUUGAAAGCUACUUUGCAUAUGGGUGGACUGAGUCUGAGAGAAGAUCUUUUUAUUUAUCAAAUGGCGAUACAACAACAGUUUCUUUGGCGUUCAAUAGACCGAAAAUGCCUUUCUCUGCUUGAGGGUACCCGCACAAAAGAAUCUCUCUUCCAAAUCCACGCUUUUAUGCUUCGUAACGCCAUCGAAACAAAUGUUAAAAUUUUCGCUAAAUUCGUCGUAACCUGUGCUCCACUCGCUGGUAUCCUUUACGCACGGCGCAUGUUCGAUCAUAGGCUUCAUAGAGACGACACUUUCCUUUGUAAUUCUAUGAUCAAAGCGCAUGUGAAUAUGCGCCAAUUAGCUGAAUCUUUCACUCUUUAUGAACAACUUAGGAGAUACACGCAUUUUAUUCCCGAUAAUUUUACGUUUAUUGCGUUGGCGAAGUGUUGUAGUUUCAGAAUGGUGAUUUGGGAAGGUUUGCAAUUGCACAGUCAUAUUGUAAAAAUAGGAUUUUUCUUAGAUUUGUAUGUGUCAACUGCAUUGGUCGAUAUGUACACGAAAUACGGGAAAAUGGGUUGGGCCAAAAAAGUAUUUGAUGAAAUGACUGAUAGAAGUGUAGUGUCAUGGACAGCUCUCAUUUCUGGGUAUGCGAGGUCUGGUGAUAUGGCUCAUGCGAAGAAACUUUUUGAUGAGAUGUCAGAGACUGAGAGAGGAGACUCUGCUGUGUAUAAUGCAAUGAUUGAUGGUUAUGUUAAAUUAGGAGAUAUGGUUUCGGCUCGAAGUUUGUUUGAUGAGAUGCCAGAUAGGAAUGUGAUUUCUUGGACUAGUAUGAUUUAUGGAUUUUGCACAAAUGGUGAUGUUAUAGCUGCUAGGUCAUUUUUUGAUAACAUGCCAGAGAAGAACCUGAUUUCUUGGAAUGUGAUGAUUGGUGGAUAUUACCAGAAUAAACAACCCCAUGAAGCGUUGAAGUUGUUCCAUGAACUGCAAGCAAGUAGACUAUUUGAACCUAAUGAGGUAACCAUUGUAAGCAUUCUUCCAGCUAUUGCUGACUUGGGUGCUUUGGAUUUGGGCGGUUGGGUUCACCAGUUUGUUCAGAGGAGGAAACUUGACAGAGCAACCAAUGUGUGUACUGCACUUGUUGAUAUGUAUGCAAAGUGUGGUGAAAUCACGAAAGCAAGAAGAGUUUUUUAUGAAAUGCCCGAAAAAGAUAUAUCUUCUUGGAAUGCUUUGAUAAACGGAUAUGCUGUCAAUGGACGUGCCAAGGAAGCAUUGGAGGUUUUCUUGGAGAUGAUGCAGGAAGCAAUCAAGCCAAAUGAUAUAACCAUGAUUGGUGUUUUGUCUGCAUGUAACCAUGGUGGUUUGGUGGAGGAAGGGAAGAGGUGGUUUAAAGCAAUGGAGGAGUUUGGGCUUACCCCAAAAAUUGCUCAUUAUGGUUGUAUGGUAGAUCUAUUAGGGAGGGCAGGAUGCCUGGAGGAAGCUGAAAAGUUGAUCCAUAGUAUGCCUUAUGAGGCUAAUGGGAUAAUUCUUAGUUCUUUUCUAUGUGCUUGUGGGAACUCAAAGGAUGUUACAAGGGCUGAGAGAGUGUUGAACAAGGCUAUUGAUAUGGGGCCAUGGAAUGAUGGGAACUAUAUCAUAUUGAGAAAUUUGUAUGCCACAGAGGAAAGAUGGAAAGAUGCAGAGGAAAUUAAGGGUCUGAUGAGGAGCAAUGGGGUAAAAAAAGAAGUAGGCUGUAGUGUUAUUGAGGUUGAUCGUAGGGUUCAAGAGUUUCAAUGUGGAGAUAGAAUUCAUCCACAGUGGGAAGUGAUGGAGUCGAUCUCGAGGCAAUUGUGGACACACAUGAAGGGACAGGACACCUAUCAAUAUUUGUAAAAUGUUGAACUUGCUGAUGAAGAAGAUUCAGCAAAGGUACAUUCAAGAGAUGUAUUGUGAUAGCCCUCCCAAGUAAUGCAAUCAAAUUGAAGCCUGCAGAUCUCAGGGAAGAAGGCUUUGUGAUGAAAAGGGAAGGGCCCAAGGGGGGGAUCUGUAGAAGGCUCGUUAGUCCACCAUUUAUUCUUCCUGAAUCCUAGCUCUUGAUGCUAAAGAGCUAAUGCCUACGCUAGGAAUGAGACUAUUAUGUCUUCUUGUGACAUUCAUGUAUUACACAAAUUUUGUAGUCAUACCUU